CCUCUUGUAUACUAAGUUAUCAGGAUUGGUUCGUCGAGGUGCUAAUUGUUCCAGUUUUAUGAGAGAAGAUACAUAUUUCCCAACCUGGCUCUACAUAAUGCUAAUCCUAAUCCUCCCAUGCCUACGUCAGUAUCCAAAGAAGGAUUACCCAUUAUCUAUUGUGUCACCUAGUUCGCCGGAUCGAAUAAGCAAUUAUAGGAAAGUUUAUUCUGUUGAUCUUCUAGCUACGAUGGUUUAAUUGUCAUUGCUUUCCUUGGAAUAUCCAAGUAUAACUUGAAGAGACCUCCAUCUCGUCAUUCUGGAAAUAAAUUCCAAAGUUAUCAACAUUACCUACGUAUCAGAUUCCAAUACAAGCACGCGAUACUACACUACUACUACCAUGACAUUCUCUAUCCUAUUCUUCUUCACGCGCAAAGCCGGCGUCUCCCCGGAGGAGUUCAAAGAGCACCUCGAAAAUAUUCAUAUGCCUAUACUACAAGAGGUAGCUGGUCCGCAUUUCCCGCUAUCACACAGACGGCACUAUAUCCAACGCACUCAAGGCCAAGGCGAAGGUACAACCCGGAAUGCCUCUAGCCCGGCUCAAGUGCUUCUGGGGUCCCAAGCUGACUUUGAUUACGACGUUGUCGCCGAGCUGACAUUCCAGGAUGCUACGGCCUUUCAGGACUUCAUGGCGUUCUCGCAUACCCCCGAAAAAGCAGCAAGGGUUGGCGCUGAUCAGGAGCUCUUCUUGGACCGCUCCCAGUUGCGCGCCGUUGUCGUAGGCGGAACCGAAGUCACGAAGCGGGAAUAGGGAGUUCAUCAAACUAUGCUAGACAAUGGCAGGUAUUGUUGCACGGACUGUUGUUAUAAAAAACUUAUGUUUAUCUCUUCAGGGACUGGAGUAUUGAUGAUAUUGUUGGCGAGAAAAUAUAAUACAGUUCAAAUGA